GUGCUAGUGAACACAGCCUGCUGUUUUCUUAUGUUGAUUGGCAAGAUGAUCCAGUACAUGGUCUUCGGAACACUGCGGGUCAGUGAGAGGCAGCACCUGAAGGAUAAGUUUUGGAAUUUCAUUUUCUACAAGUUCAUCUUCAUAUUUGGUGUGCUGAAUGUUCAGACAGUUGAAGAAGUGGUGAUGUGGUGCCUUUGGUUUGCUGUUCUUGUCUUCCUUCACCUCAUGGUCCAGCUAUGCAAAGAUCGCUUUGAAUAUCUGUCUUUUUCUCCAACUACUCCAAUGAGUAGCCACAUGCGUGUAUUGGCCCUGCUGGUUUCCAUGUUGCUGUCCUGUUGCAGUCUGGCUGUAGUUUGCGCACUGGUUGGAUAUUCACAUGGCAUGCAUACACUGUCUUUUAUGGCAGCUGAGUGCCUGGUUGUGACCGUCCGGACAGCACAUGUUAUUCUUCGGUACUGUAUCCAUCUUUGGGAUCUGAAUCAUGAAGGAACCUGGGAAAGUAAAGGCACCUAUGUUUAUUACACUGAUUUUAUCAUGGAGUUGAACCUGCUGUCAGUGGACCUGAUGCAUCACAUUCACAUGUUGCUGUUUGGAAAUAUAUGGUUGUCAAUGGCGAGCCUAGUAAUAUUUAUGCAGCUUCGAUAUCUUUUCCAUGAAGUGCAGCGCAGGCUGAAGCGUCACAAGAACUAUUUGCGUGUGGUGGGCAAUAUGGAAGCAAGGUUUGCAGCUGCCACUCCUGAAGAAUUGGCUUCGAACAACGAUGAUUGUGCAAUCUGCUGGGACUCUAUGCAGUCUGCACGCAAACUCCCCUGUGGCCAUCUCUUUCACAACUCCUGUCUGCGUUCCUGGCUCGAGCAAGACACUUCUUGUCCCACGUGCAGAAUGUCACUCAACAUUAAUGAAGACAGUCAUGCUGGAGCCCCUCGACAGCGAGACAACCUUGAUGAGAAUAUUGGACCUGUGCCUGGUGUUGAGGGCAGGCCACAUCUUAAUCAGCACAACCAUUUCUUCCAUUUUGAUGGAUCUCGGAUUGCCAGUUGGCUGCCUAGUUUCUCAGUGGAAGUAAUGCACACAACAAAUAUCCUUGGUAUUGCACAGGUGAACAAUUCUCAAUUGAAUGCUAUGGCUCAUCAAAUCCAAGAGAUGUUUCCCCAGGUUCCAUAUCAUCUGGUCCUCCAGGACCUACAGCUAACACGUUCUAUAGAAAUCACUACCGAUAACAUACUGGAAGGAAGAAUUCAGGUCCCAUUUCCUCAACAGCGCCAAGAAAGUAGACCAACAUUGAACGGUCCAGCUGUGGAAGAGAACAAUGGUCAUCCAGGUGAUUCAAACAGUGAAGAGCAGACUGAUCAUCCAGCCCUUGAAUUCAGCCAAAGUGUUGGGGAGAUAUUUGGAACUGGCCCUGAGUUUCCACAAAAUGAUGUUCUGAAUGAGGACUUUGAGGCACGGGGAAGUCGCUUCUCAAAGUCAGCAGAUGAGAGACAACGAAUGUUAACACAGCGCAAAGAGGAGCUUCUGCUUCAAGCCCGGAGACGGUACGUAAAUAGGAGCCAGCAUGAAGCAAACAAUUUGUCAAAUGAAAGCACGUCCACUGAGCCACCUCUCAACACAGACUCUCUUACUUUGCGACGUCGAACCUUAGCAGCUGCAGCUGAAAGACGUCUCCAGCAACGACAGGACUCCUAGUUCUGAAGAUGCAAUACUGGGAACUUAGAAUCUUUACACUCUCUGAACCACAUGUCUGGCUCUGUUUUUGCAGCAGCAAGGGGAAUAGCAUCCCAAACCACUUUGCAAAUCAUGUCAUUGAGCUGGAGAGUUGUACUAUCUCGUAAUGUGGCUGCACUAAUGGAGCUGGAUCACAACAGUAUUUGGGGUGGGAAAUGGCAUGGAUGUUUUUUUUAAAUACAGCCUUUGAAAACAAUAAACAGCUUUUUACCUGCAAAAAAUAAAUCUUAGUAGCUGCACGUGUCUGGAGGCUACUUUUAAACUACAGAAUUUAUGCAGUCUGCAAGUUUGCCUGUUGUGGAUUUUGGAAGGCUGUCUAGUUCAAAGAACUAUUGGGCACUACAGCAUUGCUCCCUGGGGCUCAUCUGCAACUGUGCUGAAAAGUGACAUAAUGUGUGCUGCGGUAUUUGGCAACUAAUUUCAUUUCUUUGUGGUUUCCCAUCAUACAGAAAGCAUGGAACAACUUUUAUACCUACAGCACCCAUACGCUCUCCUCCUGCAGGUGGUAUGCAAUAAAUGCCUGACUUCUACACAGAACUUCCAUGCCAUUUUGGCACAAGAAAGGUUUAAUUCUGUUUCUGAUUUUCAAGUUCUUUACUGUUCUAUUUUCAAAUGAUCACAUGUUAUCUUAACUGCAGUUCUGUUACCACUUUGCAUCCCAAAAGUUCAAGAAAGUAAUCUUUUUCAGAAGCUGGCUGUUUCUGGCAGUUUCAACUCAGCGUGUCAUGGCUAUGGAUCGAUUUGUUUUUGAUAUCUUCAAGUUAAAACCCAGUUGGUCAGUUAAAGAUGAAGUAUGAUUGGUUGGGGCAGUGUGAUGCAUGGGUUACAUAGUGUCAUUUCAGUAUCUCGAUGAAAGUACCAAGCCUAUAUUUUUAAAUAGAUUUAAGCAACUUCAGCCUGUCCUUCCCAGAACUUGCUACCUUCAAAAGUGUGUGCCAAUCCCACUACAGCCAUAGUCAUUCUCAUUUAUCAUGAAAAUUACACUAUCUAAUAUUUAGUAGCAUAUGGAAACAUGAAAGCUAGCAUCCUGUCCACUAGGGAUGUAUUUUUGGAAAGUUGGCUGUGAUUUGCCAGAAAUAUCCUUUAAGUUCUGAAUAUUUGGGGGUGGUUGGAUUUAUUUUAUCCAGCUGUAUGGUGUUUUAUAUAGGGUCUGUGGUACUGAUCAUGUAACAACUUGGUGACUUGAGCAUUAAUUUUAAAUAAAGUAUUGCACGUUUGCUCUUGCAUUCAGCUUAAUCUUUAUAACCAGAAAUGCAAAUUGCAGAAUUUGCUUUUGUUUUUAUUCCCUAAUUCUUUCUCCAGUAUAUUUUGAGUACAGUUUGAUUUUCACCCAUAUUAUCUCAGAUAACAUGUUACUAUCCUUUAAAUUCUACCAAAUAUUUCAGCAUGUAGACAUUUGGAUGACUUGAGAGUACUUGCUGGUCUCUGCUUUGUUUGAAUAAUGCGUUUGGAUGUUUUACCUCAAAAUAAUCACUGCUGCAGUUACAAUAAGUUGAGGUAUAGCUUUGUCCAAAAAUCUUGCUUUCUGAAAUAAGUAAAUGCCUAACAUUUUACCUUCCUUCCCAUGGAUGAACUGUAGCCAAUUUUUAGAAAAUUAGUUCAACAAAUUAUAUGGAAUUUGAGGUUAAUUUCAUCAACUUAAUUUUUAUGAAUAUUCAAAGGAACAAUAUUCUGACUUUUUUUCAGAUUCUGCACUUAACUAAGGGUAGGAGGGAUGGUAACUGCUGAUGCUGAUACAGGCUUUACAAUAGCUUUGUAGUUCUGUGUUGAGGGGUGGGGUCUUUCAAAUGUCAGUGCAAUGUGAUUAAGUGUUUAUACUUAUUUUUGACUUUUUUUAAACUGAACACGAGCCUGAUGUAAAUUGUGAUAGGAACACUUUAUUGUGCACUUGUAAAACAGCAAUCUCUUAGAGCCUUUCAUAUUGUACUGAAGUCUCUCUCAGGGAUGGGUGAAAGUGUAACACCUUUGCAAAAAGCCUUGUUGUGAUGCUUUUCCUUUGAAAUAGUUUCCAAUACACAGUUUGUUUUACGUAUAAGAGCUAUUACCCUAUUUUUGUUUUUCUGGAAUUAUUUAAAUAAAAUGCAUUUUCUGGUUUGUCCAAA